GAGGGCGGCGCAGGGCAGGCGGCCGCGCGGGAGCCCCGGUGCGCGGCGGCUGCUAAGCGGGCUUCGGGAUCGCCCGGAGGCGGCCGGGGCUGAGCGUCGCCCACGCGCAAACGGCAGCAGGAGCCCGGCGCGGCCGGGGGGCGGCCAUGGAGUCGCUGGCGGCCGCCAGUCAGCUGGGGCCUGGCCGAGACUCUGGCUCCUCCUCCUCGCCGUCGCCCCACUCCAAGCAAGAGCUGCAGCCCUACUCGGGGGCCAGCGCGCUGAAGCCCAACCAGGUGGGCGAGACCGCGCUGUACGGGGUGCCCAUCGUGUCGCUGGUGAUCGACGGCCAGGAGCGCCUGUGCCUGGCGCAGAUCUCCAACACGCUGCUCAAGAACUACAGCUACAAUGAGAUCCACAACCGGCGCGUGGCGCUGGGCAUCACGUGCGUGCAGUGCACCCCGGUGCAGCUCGAGAUCCUCCGGCGGGCGGGCGCCAUGCCCAUCUCCUCGCGCCGCUGCGGCAUGAUCACCAAGCGCGAGGCCGAGCGGCUGUGCAAGUCCUUCCUGGGCGAGCACAAGCCGCCCAAGCUGCCGGAGAACUUCGCCUUCGACGUGGUGCACGAGUGCGCGUGGGGCUCCCGCGGCAGCUUCAUCCCCGCGCGCUACAACAGCUCGCGGGCCAAGUGCAUCAAGUGCGCCUACUGCAGCAUGUACUUCUCGCCCAACAAGUUCAUCUUCCACUCGCACCGCAUCCCCGAGGCCAAGUACACGCAGCCCGACGCGGCCAACUUCAACUCCUGGCGCCGCCACCUCAAGCUCAGCGACAAGGGCGCCAGCGACGACCUCAGCCACGCCUGGGAGGACGUCAAGGCCAUGUUCAACGGCGGCACCCGCAAGCGGACCUUCUCCCUGCACGGCGCCUCCCACGGGGGCGCCUCGGCCGCCGCCAAGGGCGCCCCCCACCCGCCGCCCGCCAGCGCCGCUGAGCUCGCCCCCGUCCACAAGAGCCUGCGCUGCGCCGGAGCCGACGACCCGCCGGGCGAGCGCACCGCCCUGGGCUUGCCCGCCGCGGCCCACGGGCCCGCCGCCGCCGCCGUCGUGCGCAGCUACCCGGUCAUCCCGGUGCCCAGCAAAGGCUUCGGCAUGCUGCAGAAGCUGCCGCCGCCCCUCUUCCCGCCGCCCUACGGCUUCCCGGCCGCUGCCUUCGGCCUGUGCCCCAAGAAGCCGGACGAGGGCUUGGGCGGCGCCGGCGAGGCGGGCAAGGGCGCGGGCGGGCUGCCGCCGGGCAUGUUCUGGGGGCCGCCGCACCCCCACCCGCACCCUCCGCAGCAGCAGCAGCAGCAGCAGCCCGGCGCCGGGGCCAAGGAGGGCGGCGUGUACCCGCCCUUCCCCAUGUUCUGGCCGGCCUCCGGGAGCCUGCCGGUGCCCCCCUACCCGGCGCAGAGCCAAGCCAAAGCCGCCGCCACCGCCGUGGUGGUGGCCGCCGCCGCUGCCGCAGCCGCCGCCGUGGAGCCGCUGGUGCUGCGCGGGCCCGGCCCGGCCCACGGGGAGCUGGAGGGCUCCGAGCCGUCGGGCAGCGAGCGCGGCAGCGCCACCCCCCAGGAGGGCUCGGGCGCCGGCGGCCCCGAGGGCGAGCGCUGCGCCAGUGCCCUCUCGCGGGCCCUGGGCGACGAGGAGCGCUCGGGCGACGAGGCCCUGCUGCCGGCCCUGCCGCUGCCCCGCAAGGGGAGCUACCUGUCGGCCUUCCGGCCCGUGGUGAAGGACGCCGAGAGCAUCGCCAAGCUCUACGGCACCCGCGAGGCCUUCGCCGCCGCCGCCGCCGCCGCGCCCCGCGCCUGCCCCCCGGGCUACCUCUCGCCCGACUUCCUCAGCGAGGGCAGCUCCAGCUACCGCUCCCUCUCCCCGGGCAACGACACGGUCGACGAGCCCGAGGUCGACGUGGAAUCCAACCGCUUCCCGGACGACGAGGACGACGAGGAAGAGGACGACGACGAGGAGGAGGAGGCGCCGCAGGAGGAAGCCCCGGAGGCCUCCCAGCCGCCGCUCUUGGCCGCCCCGGAGGACCCCCUGGCGGCGCCCAGCAGCGUCCCUCCCGCGGCGGCGGAGAAAGGCCUGGAGCCCGACAGCGCGGCUGCUUACGAGGUGUACCCCCAAGAAAGAGACGACCACCCCCAAGCUCUCAAAACCAACGCCCCUUUGGGCCCCCAGACAACGGCUUACCUCUGCACCCCAGAGAGGAACGAACCAGAUAAGGAAGACAAUCAGCCCGCAGCAGCCGAGGAUUUGGAGAGCACGAAAUCCUAUCAAGACCAAAGGACCGCCUCGCAGCCCAGCCCGGCCCACCCCGACCGAGGUGAGGAGGUGGUCGGGAUCGACGUCACCGGAACUCAGCUGGUGGAAAAAGACAUUGGGAAUCUGGCAAGAGAUGAGUUGCAAAAACUCCUCUUGGAGCAAAUGGAACUCAGGAAGAAAUUGGAAAGGGAUUUCCAAAGUCUCAAAGAUAACUUCCAAGACCAGAUGAAGAGGGAGCUGGCUUACCGAGAGGAAAUGGUUCAGCAGCUGCAGAUCGUGCGGGAUACCCUUUGCAAUGAACUGGACCAGGAAAGGAAAGCUCGCUACGCCAUUCAACAGAAGCUCAAAGAGGCCCACGACGCGCUGCACCACUUCUCCUGCAAGAUGCUGACCCCUCGCCACUGCUCCGGCAACUGCCCCUUCAAGCCUCCGCUGCUGCCCCAGUGAGGAAGGCCCGUCGCCCCCCCACCAGCGCCCGGGCCGC